UCUACUCAUUACAGCCAUCGUUGGCUCAACGACGCGGCGAAUAUUAUUUAUUAAUAGAAAAUCGGCUUAUAUGAGUAAAUUGAAUCUACAAUUCACAUUGGAUAUAUUUUUUUUCAUGUGUUUAAAUUCGAAUUUAUGGGUAUGCUCGAAAAAAAAAUUUAUCAUAUCUCACCCGCUGACCACAAAGUGUUAGAUCCUAAAAUAGUAUCAUUGUAAAUUAAAAAAAAAUAUGAAGUUACCAUUACUGUUGACUGUUUUUAUUACAACUAUUGUAGUUGUUUUUAGUAGUAAUUUACAAGUAUUUCGUCAACAAAUCACUAUCAAUGAUCAUUAUAAUUAUUAUUUACGAUAUGAAACUAAAAAAAUGCUUUGCAUUAGUGAUAAUCCAAUGGAUGCAAUUAUUUGGAAUGAUGUCUUAGAUAACAAUACUCAAAGAGAGGAUGAUAACAUAUUGCCAGAGUCUAUCGUGAAUCAAGAACUUAAAGAUAAGUGUAAAAUUUCAAUGUAUGAUUUUAAAUGUUUCUCGCAAUGGAUAAAUAAUUCAAAGUGGGAGGUAGUAUAUUCGUUUAGAAAUCCUAUGGGUCCUGUUUUUGAUAUUCGAUGGGAAAACUUCCCAGAAUAUUCUAAACUUUCUGAUAGUGAUACGGACUACCAUCCUGUUGAAUUCUAUAGAGAUGACAGUCCAUAUUAUACAAUUUUACGUAAAAAUGGGGCUCUAGUAGUUUCUAUUCGUGGAUCCGCUAAUGCACAAUUCUUGUUGUGUGAAGACAAAGAUUAUGAGCACAAUUUCUGUUACUGGCUUAUAAUUGGCGGUUGGAAUAAUACCAUCACUGGAAUUAGGGAAUGUAGAAAAGGAAUACCAUUAGAAAAUUCAGCCAUAUAUCCUGAUUGCCGUAUCCUUCGAGCUUCAAUAACACAACAUUCUCCAUUAAGUGCUUUUGAGUGGAAAACUUUUAUUAUUAUAUGGGAUAAAGAAACACAAAGUAUAAACUUAUUUAAUCCCCAUGAAUUAAUUUUAUCAUAUACUAUUUCUAAUUCAACUAUUGAAAAUUUUUUGGUAUUUUAUGGAAAUCCAAAUCCUUCAUAUAAAAUGUUAUAUCGUUUUCAUCAAUAUCAAUAUGUUCUAUCAACUGAUCUGGAUACCAAAUUAAUCAGUCCACCACUGUCAACUGAUUAUUUUUCAGAAUUUUGUGUUGACAUGCUAAUCGGUCUGUGUGCAGACUGUCAAUUGAUUGUAAAACUAAUUGACAGUAAUAAUACCCAAAUACUUACGGAAACUUUUUCAAGCGCAACUGUAAGACAAAAAGUUGACCAUAAGCUUCCGAUGUGGCAAUAUGUCCGUUUCAAUGUUUCAAAUGUCGAUGGAUUUCAGAAUCCAUUUAGUUUAGAAAUUAUUACAAACUCAACUAAGAUAUCAAGUAUUGAUCAACAUCACUGGGCUAUUGCUAAUAUAAGUGAAUGUUUGACAUCUAAAUCAACAGAUUUAGAACAUCAAAUAUCAAUGACCCUCUCUACGCAAAUUAACAGUGAAUAUCAGAACAGUGAUGAUAUUAAUAAUAGCGAUGAUGUUUGGCCAAAUAUUACAUGUCAAAAGUUUUCAUAUAAUGAACCUCAAGUACUUACAGUUGAUUCCCAAAAUUUAAUUCCAAUAGAUAAUCUUCACUUGUGUCCUGAAUCACGUAUUGGACCGCAUUGUAUGACUGAUUGUAAUGAAUAUUUUGACGAUGAUUGCAGUUUCGUAUCAAUAUGUGACAAACAUAGUUGUUACUGUAUACAAGGUCAUGAAGGGCAAAAAUGUAAUAGCUCAUGUCAAAAUGGAUUUUAUGGAUAUGGCUGUCAAAAGCAUUGUGGUAAUUGUGCAUUAACUUCACCAACAAUUUGUAAUUUUUAUGAUGGAAGAUGUAUAGAUGGAUGUAUUGACUUACCAGAUGUUUUUUAUCUUCCACCAUACUGUACAAUAGCUGUUGAAGCACGAGCUCCAACUAUUAACUUCAUCAAUGAAACAUCUGUUCAAGUAACUUUAUCUGAAAUUAAUGAAUAUGAUGAUGUCGCUUUAUUGAUUAUAUUUGAAAUUGAGUCAAAUUUAGAAAAAGAAAAAAGACAAAGUAUAGUAGUAUCAGAUGAACUCAUUAACGUUAAAAAUACCAUGACGAAAGAUUAUUUCAUGUUUAAUAAUUUAAAUGCUGGCGAAAGCUAUUCCAUAAGAACAUUAAUGACUCUAGAGUACAAUAUAAAUCAACAUAAACUUUUGGAAAGUCCCUGGAAAUCAUUCACGACUUUGUGUAAUUGGGAUAAAAAAUUUACAAUUGAACCUAAUACAACCAGUUUGUCAAUAAAAAGGAUAUAUGAAGAGAGAAUUUAUUCCUGCCCUGAUAAUUGGUAUACAGUAAAACUUGAAAUGAUAUCGAUUAACAAUGAAUCUACUUUGAUAGCAACAAAUCAUAUGCCUGAAACAUUUCCAAUAUUAUUGAAUAAUUUGCAACCAUACACAUAUUAUAAUGUAUGCAUAAAUAGUGUCGAUGCAAAAUUUAAUAAUUGCCAAGUAGUUCAGACACUUGAAGCUGAACCAUCGGCCGUUGUAAAUUUACAUUGCAAAAAUGUAAAUACUAGUGUAGCUGAAAUUGAGUGGCUUCCACCUAAUUUUCCUAAAGGAAAAAUACUUGGCUAUAAUUUAAAAAUUAAUGUUCUAUAUUAUUUAGGAUGCACAAAAAAUUAUUUAGAUUCUCCUCAACAUUUAUUGCCAUCUCGUUCUUUUAUUAUCUCUGAAAAAUCUUUAUCAAGUCAAAUUACUGAUUUGAUUCCAUACGUUUUAUAUGACGUAGAAGUUGAAGCAUUUAAUUCAAAAUUAGGAGACUCGGUCAGGAUUGAAUUCGAAACUAAGGAGAAUGAAAUACCUUCAGAAACAUUUGAUGAUCUUAAAUUUAAAAAUAAUGUAAUAACAUGGAGCAAUCCAGCUGAUUGUUCAACAAUUACUGGACAUAUAUGGGGUGCAAGAAUAUUUAUAACUGGUUUAAGUGAAUAUGUUCAACAUUAUAGUACUCGAUAUGAUAUUUCUGAAUAUUCAUUUAAUUUACAUAAUGAAAAUCUAUAUGGAGCUGAAAAUUUCAAAAUUAGAAUACAUGUAAUCCACAGUCCUAAUGGAAUCCAUAAUGAAACUGCCUACUCCGAAUUGACAUUUAUUACUGAUCCACGCCCACCACCGAAAGUUGAAAAUUUUGAAAUUGUUCAAGUUAAUCAACAGGACAAAACAUUAACUUUAAGAUGGCAAGAACCAGUACCACCACAUAAUGGAGAAAUCAUUUAUUAUGGUAUCAGAUUUUCAGACAGCUAUAUUCAAACAACUGAUCUUUUUUAUGUUUAUCCAAACGAAACAUGUCAGUUAUGGAAUGACUCAUUGUGUAAAAGAGUGGCUCAACCUUUUGGAAAAAGAGAGUUUAUAGAAAUAAGAGCAUACAAUAAAGGAGUCAGAGAACCUGGUGAUGUAAAUAGAAUAGAAUAUCAACGAGAGGAACAAGAUCACUUGUGUAUGUCAGCCCAGUGGAUAGCAUCGAGGACUUUGAAUCGAAAGGACGCAGCACCAUAUGCACCUGGAAUAAUUUCAAUAAAAGAAAUGGAAAAAGGAGUCGUGGAACUGAAAUGGAAACAUCCUUUAAUUACUGGCGGGCCAUUAAAAAAAUUUAUAAUUAAAGAAGAAAUACUUUCUACUCUUCUGGAAAAUGAAUCAGUUUUUAAUAACUCAAUUAAAGAAGUGGAAUUUCCAGUUUAUGAAUAUCAAACCGAUUAUUCUACUCAGUUAUAUCUUUUCUCAUCUUCAUAUUAUAAAAUAUCGAUACAAGCAAUGACAAAUAUAAUACCAGGUUUAAUAACAAGCGUUGAAAUUACAACAAGUUGUACUUUGGCUUUUGAGUCUGAACCACGUAUUUCAGAAAAUAAAGAAAAUUUAACUAUCGAUUUAAUUGUACCACCUAUAGUUAAUAGCACCCAUGGCAGUAUGCUUUAUAUUAUUAUAAAAAGCACUACUUCCUUGUGUGAUAAUAUCACAAAACUCGAUGAUAUUUUAGAACAAAAUAUUAAACUCGAAUACAAUGAAAAUGCAUGGCUUGCUGGCUCAUUUUUGGCUCAUAAUAUAGCAAAUCGUUCAUUUACUAUUGGGGAUAAUCGUACUUACAAUAAUAUUACCAAUUGUUUACUAUGUGGGGGUGAUUCAUACGUCAUUAUUAUUUUACUAUGUGAGCAAGAAAACAUAUGCUCGAAAAAAGGUGAUUUAGUUACUUGGGAAUCACAUCCGAUUGAAAUGAAAAAAAAAAUUAAACUAUUAUCACACAUGUUUUGGACUAUUCCGCUAUCAAUACUCAUUAUUAUUAGUGUCAGUGGAUUAAUUUAUUAUUAUUAUAAAAGAAAAAGAUAUCAAAGACAAGUUGUAUCAGAGGCUGAUUUUUCAUCAGCAUAUUUUACGAAUGAAAAACUUUUUCAAAAUGAAGAGACCAAUAAUGUAUUAGAAAAAGAAGAAACAGUUUCAUUAACAUCUACAAACAUAUAAACAGUAAAAUGUUGAAACAAUAAAAAAUUUCACACUUCAGAUACUGAUAUGUAUAUAUAUUUUCUGAAAAUAAAUAAAUUUUAAUAGCAU